AUGGACCCGGACGUCUGCCGGAACUGCGGCCACAGCGGCAAGCACAUCGACUUCCUGGACGCGCGGUGCGCCAUCACGGAGCGCGAUGACGCCGAGCGCGACAAGCUCCAGGCCGACGCUGCCCUGGACCGGGCGCGCGGCAUCUGCGAGACGUCGCUCUCGCUCAUGAAGCGGCAGAUGCAGGAGCUCGAGGACGCCAACGAGGCCAUUGACGCGCUGCGCGCCGCGCUGACGGCCGCCGAGGACCGGAGGGAGCGCGUCCGGCGCGAUCUCGGUACCCACGGCGACGUCUGCCUGCUCGCGCGGUCGAAUCUCGAGGCGGCGGAGGAGAUGGCCAUCUCGGCGGCCGGGCGGUACUUUGAGGCUGGGCGGGCUGUCACUGCUUUGGAGGAUCGGGAGCAGCUGCAGAAGCAGUCGCCGAGGAUUCAGAUUGAGGAGGCGCCGCCGCCGCUACCGCCGACGGUGCCUAUGGAGGAGGACGACGACGAUGCUGAGGAGGAGGCGGAGGCGGCGAGGGAGGCGGAGGACCGGAGGUGGAAGAGGUCGAAUGAGCGGUUCUGCAAAUGGUUGAGGCAGUCUGAGGCGCAACGGCAGAUUAUGAAGUCGUCGUGGACUAAGCUUAGGGUCGCGGAGCGGCUGGCGGGCGAGAACGUCAACGUCGAUGUCGCCGACGAUGAUGACGAGGAGACGGCCCGCCGGAAUAGGGUCCAAGAGUGGACGGCGGCGCGGCGGCUGACUGAUCAGCUUCCGCCGGAGGAGGAUCCCACCAUGGAGACAGAGUAUCUCGAAUCAGAGCCGAAUGAUUCCGAAGAGACAGCGGAGUCUUCUGAGCUUUUGGUGCCGGCGCCGGCGCCGGUGUCUGUUCCGGCUCCGGCUCCGGCUGCUCACAAGACGGGCGUGGCGCGAAGAGCGCCGGCGCUGAGGACGAGGGCAAAGACUGGCAGAGCGGCGACGACAGUGACGGCGACAGCGGCGACACAGCCAGCGCAGACCGUGCCAUCGAGUCCGGUAAAAGGACGUAAUCUGCGGACAGCGCGGCGGGUCGAGAGCCAGACUCGCUCGGAACCGACGCGGCCGACAACGGCAACUACCACCAGCGCGAAGAGAGUGAAGAGGGAGCCAAAAACGACGACGUCGGGAGGUGUCGCAUCGUCCGCGGUCCUGACGGGAAUGACGGGAGCUACUACUACUACUGCUGGCUCAGAUGGCGCCGCCGCUGUCGCCGGCCGGCCGGCCGCGAGGACGCGGGCUCGGACUGGGAAGAUCCCGGAUGCGGCUGCGACUGCGGCGGCGGCAGAUACGCCGGCGGCAGCAACACGGCCUCAGAGGGCCACGAGGAGGAGGUCGGUGAGGGUUCAGCCGUAUCCUCAGCCGGGGGCCCAGCCGAGAUGGAAGUGA